AUGGCUCAUCAUCUUACUCCAGAAGAUGGCUUAAAAUCAUCAAAUACUCAUCAAUCAAUUAUUCAAGAUCAAAUUCAUCAAAUUAUUACACCACCUCCUUCUGUUAAACAAUCAACAAUCUCUUCAAUAAAUUCAAAUAAUUGUGAUAGAUCUACAAAAGCUGAAAUUGCAAAUAAAUUUGUUUCAGAAGCUUCAGUUUUCAUUUUAUCAUUAUGGAAAAAUCCAAAUGUUUCAAAUGUUGAUUCUUUAUUUAAUAAUAAUUUAAUUAAUCAAAGAGAUUAUGAAAGAUUUACAAGAGAAGUUAUGAAACGUUCAAGAUGUUCAUUAGCUGCUUUACAAAUUUCAAUGUAUUAUUUAUUUAAAUUACAAACAAAAAUUAAAAAUAGAUUUAUUUCAAAUAAUAAAUCAUUAUUCUGCCCAAAGAAGACUUUUUUAAUUUGUUUAAUUUUAUCAUUUAAAUUUAAUUAUGAUUCAAAUUAUACAUUUAAAUCUUGGUCAAAAGUUUCAGGUUUAUCAAUUAAAGAUUUAAAAAAUUUAGAAUUUGAAAUUUUAAAAGAGUUAGAUUAUAAUUUAAAUUGCUUUGGUGAUUGUUUUACUAAAUGGGAAUCAUUAUUAUCACAAGCUUUAGCUAAAAUUGAAAAAAUUAUUGCUCAAAAAUCUUUAAUUGAAUCAUCAAGUAUUGCUUUAUCUAAAAAAAGAAAUUUUAAUGAACAUGAACAAUUUGGUAAUUAUAAAAAAGUUAGAGUAUAG